ACUCCAACUUUUCCCUCCAUACUCUUCCAUCCCAGAAUGUCCUUUAUUGAUUGUGAAAUUUGCGACGAAGAGUUCUCAACUCUCACUGACGUUAAUAUUCCGAGGAUUUUGAGAUGUGGCCACACAACUUGUCAUGGCUGUGCAGAAAAAUUGCUCCGAAACUCCACGAUUUUGUGUCCAUUCUGUCGGGAAGCAACUAACGUCAGUGCGGUGAAGGAUUUGCAGAAAAAUUUCGCAUUGCUGCAGGCAGUCGAGCAUACGAAGACUAAAACUGAAGAAAAAGAUUCUAUAGACGCUCCGCCAAAAUGCGCGUCUCACCAGUACAAUCUUGCGGAAUUCGUUUGCAUUGAGCCUACCUGUCGAUCCAGUGAUAAACUAAUGUGCCGCACUUGUGAAGAAUUCGGAGCUCACGCAGGACAUAAAAAGGGCCUCUUGCAGUCAGAAGCGGCAAAGCUAAGGCAAUUUUUAAGCGGAAAGCUCUCGAGAUCCGAAGAGCUGGCUAGUCAAAUUGAGACGAAUAUUGAGAAGAUCGGCAGAGCUCAACUAACAAAUAUCGAUGAUGGGGAGGUAUUUCAAGAGAAAAAAGAUUCUAUAGUAUCCUACUACACUACAUUACGAAUGACCUUGGAUGCUUUGGAAAACGAAGCACUCGAGAAGCUUCAGAACAUUGCUGAAGCCAAUUUUUCCAGAAAUGAGAUCCUUGUCGCAGAAUUGUCUGAAUCCCUUGAAAAACAAAAAUCGAAAAGUGCCGAGUUAAAAUUGUUCAUGGAAAUGAGCAACGCCGACUUGCUAGCUGUGAAUUCUGUAAUGGAUGCGAGCAACGAGACCGAGAUCUGGAAUGAUGUGAGCCCUGGAAUUACGAAUGUUGAGCCGGAAGUGUUUGAUGCAACGCUAGCUUUUCCAGAAAUCGACAGACUCGCCAUACAAGUCUCCAAAGUUUCUAGGAUGAACAGUUUGCCGUGGGAAUUUGAAGAGGCUUCUGUAGGAGAUGAAAACCUUCUAGCUGCUCUGAUUAAUAUCAAUGACAGUUUAACAACAACACAUCUCACCAGUGAAUAGCCUACAAAUUUUUGAUCGGAACUGUUUGUAAAUAAAUUGAUUUCUGAUAAUUUGACCAGCAUAUGACUUCAUUUUAGUACGUGUCAAUUACCAUUU